AUGAGGAAGGAGAAGGUUGUACUGUGUACUUUGUUCGCCUUACUUUUUUUGUACUUCUUUAUUCCGUUUGAAUGGCUGGGUGAGUAUCUAAAGUUACAUCAAUACCUGUUUUUAGGUCCUCGUCAUGGAAAGUUCUUCGUUCAUCCGGAACGGCCGGCUAUGUUAAUAGAACGAUGUCAAUAUCUAGAACAUCCGGUAGUUGGCGAUGAAGGCAACUUUUACAAAACAGAACUUAAGCUGAGAGGGAUGAUGAUAUUGUUCAGGCAUGGAGAAAGGUAAGUCAAGAUAAGGUUUAUGAGUGUUCAAAUAUAGGUCGCCUUUGGUUGGUAUGAAAGACGACAACGGUCCAGAUUGUUCACCGUACUUUGAUAUCGACAGACGAGCCUUCAAUUCUUACUCGCGACUUCUGGACUCUGAUAGAUUUAGGAACUUUUUGAUAGUCGAUCCAGUAUUUCCGCGCAACUUUUCAUUACAUCCACAUAGGUAGGAAAACAUUGUUUAUUGUGCACCAUUUACAAUUAAAAGGUGUUUGCACAUAUUUGAUGUAAUGUUUUAACUAUUUUAGUUCUCAAUGUGGAUUUGGACAAAUGACCGCUGAAGGCGCUCUUCAGCUUAUUAAACUUGGAGCAUAUUUACACGACAAAUAUCGACUUCAAGGAUUAUUUGACGGUAAUGUUGCUUUUUAUGUAAAGCCAGUCUUCAAUUGUACUAUAAGCACUAUCAACGCCUUUAUACUAAUUUUGUAGCAAACUUAAAAUAACUGUUUCAGAUGUGAGUUCUGUGAAGUCGUUGGACGUUUCUGUAGUUUCAUCUAUUUAUUCUCGCACAUUCCAAUCUGCAAUUGCUUUUACAUCGACCUUCUUAUUCGUACUCAAAGAAAUGAAAAACGUCCAUCUGAAGGCGUCGAACACAACUCACUUUUGCUUGAGUGAUUACUCGUCGUGCCAUUGUCCAGCUUAUGAUAGGAUCCGAGAAACGUCAGAAAAGGUAAUCUUUUUUAUAUUAAGUUUCUAUAACCAUAAAACUGUUUUAUAUUUAUUUUUUAUCUUGACUAAUCAAUGAUUGUAAUUCUUCAUUUAUAAAUUUUGUAAAUUGUUUUUUAGGAACGAAUAACAGAGUUCCAGACCAGCACAGAACCUCGUUUGAGGCAACGUAUACAUACAUUGAGCGAUAUUGUAGGCGUCAACAAAGUGAGACAUCCGUUACAACUGCUCGACGCCAUAUUGGGAAGAUACGGAUGUAGAAGAGCUCAUUUCCCUUGUCGAUCUGAUGGAGAUUGUCUCACAUUAAACGACAUCCUACAAGUGGCCGAUGAAGGGGAAACUAUAGCUACCAGAAUGAAGGAAAGUUCAUCGAUUACGAGAUCUAUGAAUGCUGUAGAAGCAUUUGCACUGCUAGGUCAUGUCGCUAAGAUGAUUGGAAAGGCGCGUCUGAAGCCUGAUGGACCAAAGAUAAUUAAAGUAUUAAGUGGCCACGAUAUCACUUUGGAAGCCCUUGUAAAUACCAUGAAUCUAAAAGACAGGAUCCCUCCUCAUUAUUCGUCAAGGAUCGUCUUUGAACUGUUCGAGUUGUCGUCGCCUCUGUCUUCUGAAUCCUUAUUUGUACGAGUUUUGUUCAACGGCGUUGACCAGACGGUCAACGUCGGCUUCUGUUCCGGUCAUCUUAUUCACGGUCUUUGUCCAGCGAAGAAAUUUGAAAGCUUUGCCAGUUCUGGUGUUCUUAAACAUGCAAGUCUUUCCAGUCUACGUGAUAUAUGUUAA